AUGGCAGAAAUAUGUGAUAUGUUAAUGGAUGUUAAUCCAAGAAAACUCCAAUGGACCUUCAAAGUUUAUGUUGUGCACUUAUGGGAAGUUCCAAACAAGUUCAACAAAAACGAAAUCAAUGGUAUGGAGAUGCUUCUUCAAGAUAUGAAGGGUGGUAGAAUCCAAGCUUCAAUCCCAAAGCCAUUAGUGAAGAAGUGGAGAGGCAGCAUAUUGGAGUUUAACAUGUACGUCAUGUCUAACUUCAUUGUGGUGGAUAAGAAAGAAAAAAUCAGGACAACCAGGAAUAGAUGGACUAUAAACUUUUCACAGAGAACCACUGUUAUUCCGGUAUCUCAUCCAAGUUUUCCUCUAAAGGCAUUUUCUUUUAAGCCAAUCCCUGAGCUGCUGGCAGCUGAGAAGCUCGAUGAUUCAUUACUUAUAGAUGUGAUAGGUGAAGUUGUUGGAAAAGAAGAUCCAAGAGAAUUGAUUACUAGCAAAGGCAAGGAGACAAAACGUUUGGCUGUUUUGAUAGAGGACCUUGAAAAUAACAGUAUUGGUUGUGUGUUGUUUGGAGACAUGGUAGAUCAAAUUCUACCCUAUCUUAAAGAAGAAAGGGUUGAGCCUUUGAUAGUUAUAGCGCAGUGCUUUAAACCAAGCAGGUGGAAUGAAAAAACAUCAGUACAAAGUCAUUUUGAUUAUUCAAAGUUACGUAUUAAUGCUGAUCUGGAAGAGGUUAGAGUUUUCCGUGACAGGAGGCUUUCUGGGAAACCUGCAAACUCGGCUAGAAUUAGUCAAGUGUCAUCCCAUGGUCCGCGUUCUGGUGCUGAGGAACUAAGGAGGGGAGAAGCCAUUGUUAAAACUAUAGAGGAAGUCCUCAACUCAACACAGGAAGGGCCUGUAUGGAUUGCUGGUACAAUAGUUUCAAUAAACUCUGACAAGGAUGAUUGGUUUUAUAAAUCAUGUCGAAAAUGCCCGAAAAAAGUAGAAACUCCUAUUGGAAACAGAUAUGAGUGUGGAAAAUGUGGACAUACUCAUGGAGCUGCAUCAGUUAGGUACAAAGUUGAGGUAAUGGCAUGUGAUGGAACUGGGAGCAUAGCAUUGCUAAUGUGGGAUAGGGAGACAGUCCAGCUCUGUAGGAGGCAGGCGGACCAGAUCAAGGAUGAGGUUGUUUUGGGUGGAGAUGGAUACCCCCCAACUUUGGAAACAAUGAUGGAUAGAAAGUUACUUUUCAAGGUUAAUGUUAAAUCUUCAAACAUUAGACAAUAUGAUCAUAUUUAUACAGUCAUGAAAAUUUGUGAUGAUGAGAAAAUUGUAAAGAUGAAUCCCCCAAAGGAAAUUCAAAACUCCGACUUUGCUGCUGUAAAUGAGAAUGUGUGCAGUGACUCAAUUGAUGUGUCAGCAGUUGUGGCCAAUAUGCAUAACAACACUGAUUCUAUUCUUACUUUGGAUGAUUUGGAAGAAUGUGUCACCAGCCUUAAAGAGGAAACCCCAAUUAAAAGAGCUGCCAUGGGGGUAAAACAUACUUUGACUAUAAAUGUUGACAAUGAAAACGAAGUGGGAUUUUCAACCAACAAAUUUAGUCGAAAAGGUGGAAAAAGACAGAAGAUACAAAUUAGUGGGAGUGAAAAUUGA